AUGGGUAGCCUUCAACCGACCACAGAGGACGUGGCAUACUGUACUCUGGUGACGAAUGAUGGUUAUGUUGUCGCGGCAGCCGUCCUGGCCCAGUCCCUCAGGGCGACCGGCACGAGGAUCCCGCGAUGCGUCAUCAUCACGCCCGAGACCAUGUCCGAGGAGUCCAUCGCCACGCUGCGCGGCCUCUUCGACCGCGUCAUCCCCGUCCCGGCCAUGGCGGCCCUGACGACCACGAACCUCGACCUCAUCGGCCGCCCGGACCUGCACGCCACCAUGACCAAGCUCCAGCUCUGGUCGCUCGCGCAGUUCCGCCGGGUGCUGUACCUCGACGCCGACACGCUCGUGCUGUCGAACCUCGACCACGUCUUCGAGCUGCCCGAGUCCGUCACCUUUGCCGCCUCGCCCGAGAUCGGCUUCCCCGACUGCUUCAACAGCGGCGUCAUGCUGCUGCGGCCCGACGCGGCGACGUACGCCGAGCUGACGGCCUUCGCGACGCGGGUCGACUCGUUCGACGGCGGCGACCAGGGGCUGCUCAACGUUUUCUUCGGGGACGGCACCAAGAACCACCCGUCGACGGUGCUCAUGCGGCAGAAGCAGCAGCACGGGGGCAAGGGCGCCGGCGAGGACAGCAGCGCCGGCGAGCGCAACUGGUUCCGGCUCAGCUUCACCUACAACAUGGAGAUGCACAGCGUGUACCGGUUCUACAUCCCCGCGGCGCUGCGGUACAAGGACCAGCACAAGGUCCUGCACUUCAUCGGCAAGGACAAGCCGUGGCAUUACGAGAACGGCAAGGUGGACACGCCCGACGACGCGGGAGCCUACCACCGCUUCUACGCCGACAUGGUGGGCAAGUGGUGGGAGACCAGGAGGUCCAUAGCGGCGGCGCUCUGA